GACAUGUAUAGGGGAAGGGGAGAGGGCAAUGUCAUUGCUCCAAGGGCACUGAACUUUGCCAGUAAGGGGCUAAGAGGAGGAAGGAGAGGGGAACACAGAGGCUAAAGGUUUGGCGGAAGCCUGGGAAGGGUAACAGGGCAAAGAGAUUGAGGGGACUGAGCGAAGGAGGGGAAUGACAGGUUCAAAGACUGAGUAAUUUAAGUGAAUGAUGAGAAUAAAGGGGUGGAGAAGCUCAACGAGGUGGAAGGGCCUGAAGGGACUUGAGUGGCUGAGGUCCUGAAAAGAUCAAGGGCCUUGAAGGACUAAAAAACUGAAGAUACUGCGAGGUUAAGGGGUUGGGAAUUGAGGGGACUGAGGGGCACCGAAGACCUAAAGCUGCGACUCAGAGGCUGACCGAGGACCUGAGGGUCUCAAAGAGAGCGGGGGCGCCCUCCCUUCCAGUCCCCGGAGCUGAAGCUAGAGCCCGAGCCCGAGCCGUGAGCUCAGCGGAACGAGCAGCGCCAAGGGCCAGCUGGGGCCGCAGCCGCUGUCCGCGGUUCUGAAAUGAAGGCGGCGGCGCGCCAUCGGCCCUGAGUCCCAGAGCAGGCGGCGGGGAGGACGGAGGGAGGAGCCGCCAUGCGGGCGGCCCGGCCGGCGGACGCCUCCCUGCUCUGCAUCCCCGCCACGCUUCUGCUCUGCCUCAGCUCCGCCAGUCUGUGCUUGGUAGAGGCGGACAGCCCCUCUGCCCCAGUCAAUGUCACUAUCAAACAACUGACGGCCAACUCAGCUAUGGUGAGCUGGGAUGUGCUGGACGACGAGGUGGUCAUUGGGUUUGCAAUUUCCCAGCAGAAAAAGGAUGUGCGAAUGCUACGAUUUAUCCAGGAGGUGAACACCUCUACCCGAUCUUGUGCCCUGUGGGACCUGGAGGAGGACACAGAAUACAUCGUUCACGUCCAAGCCAUCUCCAUCCAGGGCCAGAGCCCCGCCAGCGAGCCUGUCACCUUCAAGACCCCUCGAGAGGCUGAGAAGUUGGCCUCCAAAAACAAAGAUGAGGUGACCAUGAAAGAGAUGGGAAUGAAGAGCCAGCAGCUCCGGACAGGCGAGGUGCUCAUCAUCGUGGUGGUCCUGUUCAUGUGGGCAGGGGUCAUUGCCCUCUUCUGUCGCCAGUAUGACAUCAUUAAGGACAAUGAGCCAAACAACAAGGAGAAAGCCAAGAGCGCGUCGGAGAGCAGCACCCCAGAGCACCAGAGCGGGGGCCUCCUUCGAAGCAAGAUAUGAAAACCUCUCACCAACUCAAAGGGCUUUGAGCACCUGGGAAGAACAGAACUAGAGGAUCAUUGUUCUGGCGAUGGUCAUUCAGCUCCUGGUCCUCUCCAUCUCCUCCUCUCUCUACUCUGUCAGCUUUCGCACCUCUCUGCCCCCAGUUUUCCAGUGUGCUUUCCCUGAGGAGCAGCACCCACACCCACACACACACACACACACCCACACACACACACACACACACACACACACACACUCUGCAUACCUCCCAACCAGCUCUAGAAACCACUCUUGAUGGAUGCAGUUGCCAUGGGUAUGCUGGGAGGAAGGGGUCCCUGUGCUGCAGACAUCAAGGACCAAUGGAUUGUAGGGAGGGGAGAUGUUCGUGCUGUCCCCGGCUACCCAAGGAGUUGGGUGAGGCUACAGGCCAAACAGGAGGCAGAGAAACAGUCAGGAGACUCCAGCGUGUUCACUCUCUGGAAGGCCUGGCUGUUUCCCAGCUUUCCAGCCUCUGAGGCCAAGGCUCCAGCAGGGGCUGUUCCUGUUCCCUGUUCCCACCCCCCCCCCAAAGGUACUCCACCUCUGAUCUCUCACCAGCUCCAAGCCUACUGACUAGGCCUUGACAAUUCCUCCCAUUUCUUCUCCCCACCUCCCAAAUCGAGGUUGUUGGUGAACAUCAGUGAAGCGUGACUGGUUCUCUGCAGGAAAUGACCAACAUUUCUCUCCCAUUUGUUUUUCCCUCUACCUCCCUGUACACCCCCCCACAAAGCCCUGGGAGCAGAGAGAGGGAGGGCUGUUCCAUGGUUUGGGAAAGCACUCAGCUGGCUUCAUGUUUCAUUCCUGCCUUCUACCUCCUCAUCCUCUACUGGGAAAGACAACAACUAAACUUAAAAACAACAACAACAACAACAAAAAAUUCCAAAUCCUGAUUUUAAAAAAGCCCCAAACCCAGCCUGAUCACCAGCUCUUAGCAUCUCCUCUAUUAAACCACAGCACCUCUAGCACAGCGCCCAUAAAAGCCAAUCUUGUUUUUGCCUUCUCUUUCCCAGACCACUUUCCCCUUUUGGAAAAUGCACAAUGUUUUCAGUCUUUCUGCAUCCAUGCCCAGUCGACUGAAAGCACCUAUAACCCUGCCAAGCCAUGUUCUUCAAAUAACUUGACAGGGAAGGAGUAAGGCUUGCAAGCUGCCAGUGAUGCGGCUGCCCCUCUGCUUCUUCUCAUCCAACCAUUAGCCACUCUGGUUGGCUUGGGUGUGAUACACCACUUCCAAGAUGGUGUAUGGGACGCUCUUAGACUCCGUUCCAGUGAGUCUGGGGAUCCCCGCCGUGGGAUCUGAUCCAUCUCUCGGCACUAGUUCUCCUCUCUGUCUCCUUGUGCCCUGCAUCAACUUGCCUCCUUGUAUCUAGUAUGAGAUGAGGAGAACGAGGUCAGAAUCCUUUUCAGAAGACCUUCCGCAGUGAAGGGGAAAGGUAUUAAGGGGAACCUGACCCUGUCUCUGAUAGAGUUUUAUCAAUGGCGGUUCUAACAAGUGUUAGUUACCAUUAUCUGUUCAAUAUCUUGCAUUCGGGUGGUUAUGGGAGAUUCCUGGGCUGAUCCUGCUGGAAGAGGGUUGGCAGAACGGAUCGAUUCACCCGCUGAGUGAGCACCAAGAUAGGCAGGGGAGGGCAGGUCUUUCCUCGGGGUAUUUCUUCAGACCCUCAUCUCAUCCAGGACUCCAGGAAAGUCCACGGAGACCCUAAAUGCUGCUCUGGGUUCUUAGAGGAGGCGGACUAGGAAAGAAGACAUUGCCUCUUUCUAGCGAUAGUGAUGCUUGAGAAGAAGUGGAAGGUGGUGUAACAAGCAUGCUCUGCCCAUCGCGCGAGGGACCUUGCCAUGAAGAAAUAUACUGGUCCCCGUGCCUUCUACCAGAGAGAGAAUACGGGAUCCUGAGAUCCAGGAAAGAACACCAGCACCAAGGCCAUAGCACCUGUAGCUACUGCACAUGGUGACAGUUCCAUCCUGCCACCCCAGCCCCUACCCUAGGCUCCCACUAGACAAGGUCAGCCACCACCUCAUUUUCCCAUUCACUUUCAAAUGGGUGGCCAGGGGAGGUGGAAAUGGAGUAAAAGACUGAGCCCCGCAACAGCAAGGGCUUCCCCACCACACCGAGAGGAGCCUCUCCAUCAUCUCAUGACUUCCAUCCUGGCUGAAUGGGGCUUCCAGCCAAGGCUCCUUAGGGAAGAGGUCUUUACCUCCAGUACUGUUAGAGCAAUAACCAAUUUUUAAUGCAAAAUAAAAAGGGAAAUGAAAAGGCA